GCGGAGAGUACAAGCGGGUCCUGCAACAGAUCAAGGAACUGGACGACCUAGGCGACACGCGGUGCUACUCGUACAUGGCUGCCGCAUGCAGCAAGAACGAGAUGGGUGCAGGCUUCGCAACCGUUAAGAAGGAGCUUGGCAGGGAAGAGCUUGCAACAAAGCUAGAAUGGCUGAAGAGCUCCUCGGUUAAAGCAGGCUUCUCCGAUCUCCUUGAGCACUGGUCCCGUUCUGCAGCACGGAGUGAUUCGGUCCAGCCAUCGUCAGGGCCACCUGCAGACGCAACUGUGGACUCUCUAUGGCCAUCGGCGCCGCCCUCGGGUGCAACUGAAAAAUCGAUCUGGCCAUCGAUGACGCCUGCAGAUGCAGCCGUGGACUCGGGUUUACCAUCGGAAGUUCCUGCAUGUGCAACUGUGGACUCAGUCUGGCCGUCGACUCCACCCACAGGUGCACCAGCGGACCGGCCAACACCUGAAAUUGCAGCUGAGCAAUCGGUCUGGCCGACAAUGACCCCUGCAGACGCAACUGUGGACUCCGUAUGGCCAUCGCCGCCGCCUUCGGAUGCAACUGAGAAACAGGUCUGGCCAUCCAUGACGCCUGCAGAAGCAACUGUGGACUCUGUAUGGCCAUCGGCGCCACCUGCAGGUGCAACUGAGAAAUGGGUCUGGCCAUCGAUGCCGCCUGCAGACGCAACUGUGGACUCUGUAUGGCCAUCGGCGCCACCUGCAGGUCUGGGCAAAGUGGACAAUGCCGUGGCCUACUGCCCGGGGGCUUUCCUGGCCAUGGGGGAGGUCCUCUGCUUAGACCGGUACAUCAUGAUGCAAGUUCAUGUUGUCAACCGGGCAUUCCAGCGGGCGCCUCUGGCAAUGGAGAGCGAGUUCGAUUUCCCGCACAUGACAUUGGCGAAACUCGAAAGUGGCCAGUCGGAGCGCGUCAGUGAUGAGACCAUCUGGAAGCGUACUGUCACAGGCGAGGAGAUCAACGUCACCCGAAUGCUCACACAGCUGAACCACGACAUCAAAUGCUCUGGCCUUCCUUUCAGAUUGAUCCCUGUCCAUGUUCAACAAUGCUGGUAUGGAGAGCGCUACAACAUCACAGGCGGCGAAGGGCUUCAAGUUUUCCGACGUCUCCAAGCCUUAGUCCUCUCUGCAUGCGUCAAGCUGGGUCCGGACAGCGUGCAGGAGUGGUCAAAGGAGCCUGGUCACCCGCACAUCACCUACGAGUAUCCGAGCAUGCGAGAGGCCCAGCCCUGGGGCUGCGACGACUGGAGCUCCAGCCGAGGCAGCUGUCGAAGCAGCGCGACAAGUCGCGCCUCAUCGCUGGAGCGGAUCUUGGAUCGCCUUGAAGAAGCACGUCUGCGAAAGUACCGGAAGCUCUUCAUGAAGGAGCGGCUUGGUACGACGGCUCUGCUGGCAAUGGACGAUGCGCGGCUGAAGGAGGCCGGUGUCAGUGCCAUGGGAGACCGAAUGAAGAUCCUAAAGAUCCGUGAGAGCCUGCUGGCUGAGCCCUGA